AUGUCGGCUAAUAACAUGCCCAAGGUCCUGCAUUUAAAUGUCACCGUAACUCAGAUUAUUCUAAUUAAAAUUUCAAGUUGGACCUGGUAUAAAUACUCAACUUGCUUUCAAAAUAUACAUUUUUACUUCAUAGUCAAGCUGAUGUUAAGCAGCAUAUUUUCUGCUUUAAUUAUUGCCACAAACAGCAUGUAUUUAUCCUUUAAUUAUAGAUAUCUGAGCACUGCCAGCCUCCACUACCUCAGCAGCAGGCAAGCCUUGGCUGACAUCGCCAACUUCCGAACUGAAAUAGCAAAGAAACGGGGACUCUCCAAAAAUAAAUGGGUUACAUUCGGCAACUCUUAUGGUGGUUCCCUUGCAGUGUGGUCGAGAAUAAAACACCCCAACCUGUUUGCUGCAGCAGUGGGCAGCAGUGCACCAAUUCAAGCAAAACUUAAUUUUUAUGAGUACAAUGGAGUAAUUGGAAGGAUUCUGUCCGCUCAUAACAGCGAAUGUCCCAAAGCAGUGAAAGAGGCGUUUGCUAUUCUUGUACAGAUGCUGAAACGUCGGAAACACUACAGUAAGGUUGAAAAGGAUUUCAUGUUACGUGAACCUAUCAAAAUUAACUCACCAAAGGACACAGCCUUUCUCACGGUGCAUAUGAUACAUCUUGUUCAUUUCUUUGUUCAUAAACAGAUUAACAAAUUUAUUAAGAGGCAAUGGUUCUAUCAGUGUUGCACUGCAUUUGGCUUCUUUAAGACCACGGACUCAAAGAACAAGCCCUUCUCUGGAACACCUCUCAGGCACGGUUUUCACUUAUGUUCAGAUGUCUUUGGCCCUGAGUUCAGUAGUGAUUUAGUGGCUCAGAGUGUUAAGACCACCAACAAGUACUACGGUGGCUUCAAUGUGAAUGGAAGCAAAAUCAUCUUUUCCAAUGGUUCCAAUGAUCCUUGGCACCAUUUGGGAAUCACAAUGGAUAUCAGUAAAGAUUUGCCUUCUGUCUUCAUUAAAGACUUUCAAAAGUUUGCAGUUAUUCAGAACUUCUAUAUAGAGUAA